CUGCCGUUGCCGAUAAGCGAAAUCUGCAGCUUUUCGAUCAGUUGACGACGAGCAGUUAUCAGUAAAGCAUAAUAAUUAAUUGCGCAGCACACAUGUCGGAAUCCAGACCAAGUCCGUGGUGUGGACGAGGCGACAAGCCGCGGGAAUUUGCCAAGCACCAGCCCAUCAUAUGCUAUGAUAAGCCGGCGGCAGCUGUCGUGUCCAAGGACGAAUACGAUGAUAAACGCUAUCAGGCCUUGACUGGCGAGCUGGUGGAGACAUUGGUGGUGCCGAAGCGCGAGGCGCGCACCUGGACCAUGCAGACGGGUGAUCUGUGCCGCAUUACCGUACAUGAGGGCGCCCAGGUGGGUGAUGUCAACUUGUGGAAUUUGGAAAAUCGGCAAGAGCGCUUCUAUUCGGGCAAGACGCGCCAGCUGCAUGCCGCCCAUCUGCAGGUGUACGACAGACUCUGGAGCUGCCUACCCUACCUGCGUCCCAUGGCCACCUUCGUGUUCGACACGCUGGCCAAAUAUGGCAUCGACGAGGAUGGCGGCGCACUGCAUGAUGUGAUCGGCACCCGAUGCGAUGACUACACAUAUAAACUCAUAACCGGGCAGGAGCGCGUGGGCAGCUGCCACAGCUCCCUCGUCAAGGCGGUGGCGGAGGAGCGCGGCAUGACCGAACAGGAUGUGCACGAUGUGUGGAACAUAUUCAUGUGCACCGGCUUCACCAAAGAUACGCAACAGUACUUCUGCAAGCCCAGUCCCGCCCAGAAGGGUGACUUUAUUGAGUUCAUAGCCGAUAUGAAUUUAUUGGUGGCUCUUAGUGCCUGCCCCCAGGGCGAUGUCUCCAUGCCGGUGGGUGCCGCAGUGCCCGAUGAGAAGUGUCAUCCCUUAAAGGUUGAAGUGUUUCGCCGCAAAUAAUGGCAAAUAUAUCUAAUCUAAAUAUGUGUGAGCAUACAUAUAUGCAAUUAAAGGUGGAUCCUUGAAGACGAAUCAAAUAAAUAUAGUAUUUUGAUAUGUA